AUCCAACUUAUAGAAGGAGACUUCCGUUCUUGGCAACUGGCAGCGGCGGCAGCAGCAGCUCGACCACGGCCACUUCUCGUACGACUACGGCAACGACAAGUGCUGCUGGUUUUAGUAGUAAUACAACAAAUAAUCACGGCGAGGUCAGCAGCAGCAACAUCAGUAGUAGCAGUGUUAAAAUCACAGACGUCUGGUUGCGUUCAGUGCUUUUACGUGCGGGUCUGCAGACUUCAUACAGUAGUGGCAGCAGCAGCAGUUCGCGGAAUACGAUGAAAAUGGCGUGGCAACCGCAGGAGGAAGGACUACGGCAAAUACUGACGCUUUUGAAGGAAUCACAGUCGCCCAACACUGAGGUUCAACGCGCUGUCCAGCAAAAAUUGGAGGAACUAAACAAAUUUCCUGACUUCAAUAAUUAUCUUAUCUUUGUAUUGACAAAACUCACCUCAGAAGAUGAACCAACAAGAUCACUUAGUGGUCUUAUUUUAAAAAAUAAUGUUAAGACGCACUAUCAUGAACUUCAUGUCGAAGUAACAGAAUUUAUAAAGCAAGAAUGUCUCUCAGCUGUUGGAGACCCAUCACCGUUGAUACGGGCAACAGUAGGGAUUCUAAUUACAACUAUUGCAUCCAGAGGUGACUUAAGUCAGUGGCCUGAACUACUUCCAGCUCUGUGUCAAAUGUUAGAUUCUCAAGAUUAUAAUGUAUGUGAAGGAGCUUUUGGAGCUUUACAAAAGAUUUGUGAAGAUUCAGCUGAACAAUUAGAAAGUGAUCAUUUAAGUCGCCCAUUAAAUGUUCUGAUUCCUAAAUUCCUACAGUUUUUUAGACAUAAUUCACCCAGAAUUAGAUCACAUGCUAUCGCUUGUGUGAAUCAAUUUAUUAUCAUAAGAACUCCAUCUCUAAUGAUGCAUAUGGAUGCAUUUCUUGAAAAUCUUUUCUUCUUAACAUCAGAUGACAACCCUGAAGUGAGAAAAAAUAUAUGCAGAGCCUUAGUUAUGUUGCUGGAAGUCAGAAUGGACAAAUUAAUUUGCUACAUGCAUGAUAUUAUAGAAUACAUGCUUUUGAGAACUCAAGAUCAAGAUGAUGGCGUUGCACUGGAAGCUUGUGAAUUUUGGUUGUCUCUAGCUGAAAAUUCACUUAGCAGAGAAGUUCUAGCACAACAUUUACCUAGAUUGGUUCCUGUCCUGGUUAAGGGUAUGAAAUACUCUGAACUGGACAUUAUUCUUUUGAAAGGAGAUGUGGAAGAAGAUGAAAUGAUUCCUGAUAAAGAGGAAGAUAUUAGGCCGCGUUUCCACAAAUCUAAAACACAUCAUAACAACCAUGCAGUUAACAAAAGUACUGAUGAAAAUGGCUAUGACGAUAAAGAUCUUGAUUCUGAAGAUGGAGGUGAUGAUGACUCUUCUUUAAGUGAUUGGAAUUUGAGAAAGUGUUCAGCUGCAGCCUUGGACAUGCUUGCUAAUGUGUUUAAAGAUGACUUAUUACCAGUUUUGGUUCCCAUUUUGAAAGAAACUCUGUUUCAUUCGGACUGGGAAAUUAAGGAGUCUGGUAUUCUUGCAUUGGGAGCAAUUGCUGAAGGAUGCAUGCAGGGUAUGCUGCCUCAUCUUAAUGAACUAAUUCCUUACCUCAUCAAUUGCUUGGGUGAUAAGAAAGCUUUAGUUCGUUCUAUCACUUGUUGGACAUUAAGUCGUUACUCACAUUGGGUAUGUACCCAACCUCAUGAAACUUUCUUGAAGCCAUUGAUGACUGAACUUCUCAAAAGAAUAUUAGAUGGCAACAAGCGUGUUCAAGAAGCCGCCUGCUCUGCAUUUGCAACUUUAGAAGAGGAAGCUUGCACUGAAUUGGUUCCUUAUUUAGGCUUCAUUUUGGAAACUCUAGUAUUUGCAUUUGGUAAAUAUCAACAUAAAAACUUGUUGAUUUUGUAUGAUGCCAUUGGAACACUCGCAGACUCAGUAGGACGGCACUUGAAUAAACCAGAUUAUAUAAAUUUACUAAUGCCGCCUCUCAUUCAAAAAUGGAAUGUACUAAAAGAUGAAGAUAAAGAUCUUUUCCCACUAUUGGAAUGUUUAUCUUCAGUAGCUACUGCCCUUCAAUCAGGAUUCCUGCCUUACUGCGAACCCGUUUAUCGAAGAUGUGUGUCUUUAGUCGAACAAACUUUGCAGCGGCAUGUAGCGUAUACUCAAAACCCGUCGGUUUGUGAUGCACCAGACAAAGACUUCAUGAUUGUAGCGUUAGAUCUGCUAAGUGGAUUAGCCGAAGGUCUCAAUGGUCAUAUGGAGCGUCUUGUUGUUAAUAGUAAUAUAAUGGAAUUGCUGUAUCAGUGUAUGCAAGAUCAUAUGCCAGAAGUAAGACAAAGCAGUUUUGCUCUACUUGGUGAUCUUACUAAAGCUUGUUUCCAACAUGUGCAACCCUGUAUACCCCAAUUCAUGCCUAUUCUUGGACAAAAUUUGAAUCCAGAAUAUAUUUCUGUUUGUAACAACGCUACUUGGGCGAUCGGAGAAAUAGCUAUUAAACUCGGAGCUGAAACAAGCGCUUAUAUUCCACUGAUUUUGGUACAUCUUAUUCAAAUCAUAAAUAGACCUAACACACCCAAAACGCUUUUGGAGAAUACUGCCAUUACGAUCGGUCGCCUUGGUUUAGUGUGUCCCCAAGACGUCGCUCCUAUGUUACAGCAGUUUGUCCAACAGUGGUGCACAUCUUUAAGAAAUAUUCGGGAUAACGAAGAAAAAGACUCUGCUUUCCGUGGAAUGUGUCUUAUGAUAUCUGCAAAUCCAGCCGGAGUUGUUAAUGACUUCAUAUUCUUCUGCGACGCUGUCGCGUCAUGGGUAUCGCCCAGAGAUGACCUGAAGGAUAUGUUCCAAAAGAUUUUACAUGGAUUCAGAACUCAGGUUGGACCAGAAAGUUGGAAAAGGUUUACAGACCAAUUUCCUAGACAACUUAGCGAGAGAUUGAACCAAUUGUAUGGCGUUUGAACGGUUUUGCCUGCAAUUGAAGGCCAUAUCCAGAAUCAGGCCGCACGGGGUUGGGCGGGGUUCAAAAACAUGGGCGAUCAGGGUGGGUGGGUGAAACCACGGCCUCUUCUCAACAUCAGCAACGUCGUCGUUAAUAAAGUACACAAUCGAGUCAUGGUUAAUCACCGUACCGAAUGACGAAACCGUCGUCAUCGGACCCUUUCCUCGGGUUUUUGAGACAAGAGAAGCCAAAUCAACGCGUGCGCCGUAGUCAAGCAGCGUAUGAAUAAUUCGGCAAACUCAAGCACUCAUACAAAUAUCGAAUAUAAUUAACGAUGUUAUAUUACAAAAAUAACGCGAAACAAUUAAUUGCGACGAAUUAUUAAGAGAAUUAUUCAUAAUAGAAAACGCGAACGGGAAGUCAAAGGAGUAUGUAACGAUCGAAUGAAUUGUUAACUUUACGCGAGCAUACUUCAUAGAUAUAUUAUAUAGUAAAGACGAAUCGACAUUGAAAUGGAAAAAUGAAUCAAAGUUUUUAAAUGUUUUAUUAAUUAUAGGAAAGAGAAUUAUCGCGAAAUAAUGAGAAGGAACGACACUGAACAUCAAUGGCCGAGAAGAUUCAAAUUUAAUGGGAUGGGAGGGAGGGUGGGAAGGGUGGGCUUUGCUUUGUGGACGCGUACAACCACAUAAAAUGUAAAAGGUAUCAAUUGACAUUUUAAUGAAACUCGACUUCAUUCUAAGAAGAUACCUUAAUCCGCGAAAUAAUCACUCAAUGACGAUGUACGUUUUUUCCUCUAAAAAUUUGGAUUAACUGCAAAAAGUUUAUUUAAGUUCAAUUUUCAAUCUUCGUUUCUCCCUAAGCAAACACUGAAAAUGAUUUCAACAAAACUUAUAUAGAUAAUUAUUAUUUACAGUUUAUUUGUAUUUAAUUGAUCCAAAUAGUGAUUCAAAAAACGUAUAUUCGAUAUUAGAGUUCUGUUUAAACACAAUUAAUAGCAGAUGCUAUUUGACCACUCUAAUUUAAAACCGUAAAACACUGUCAAGUGUUAAAAAUACCCUCAAUGUAAGAACAUUUUUUUCAUAAGUACGAUAAAAUCAAGAGAUUGACUUGUCGAGGAUAUGAUGAUGAAAGAAAAAUCAGUGUUGACAAAGAGAACUAAAGGCAGCCUCACUGUUGUAUUUCGGUUAACAGCUUGGUUAGCUGCUUGCUAGUAAGCAUAGAUCUCACGUUAUAUUGCUCAUCGAAUUUUGUGCGACCUGAUGUCAAUUUUUUUUUUAGAUUUUAUUUGUUCUUUACCAAGGCAUAAUCAUACCUCUUUUAAAACAAUCAAAAUGUUUGAUGUUUAUAAAUGACCUUUAUACCGUAAAAAAGAAUUGGCUUUAUUUUACAAAUUGUUUAUCGCUCCAUUAGAUUUUCAUUUUUUCGAAAAUGUAUACUUACUUUUUAUACGUUGUAACUUGACCCGCAUUGUGCCAUUCCAUAUAUAUAUUAUAUAUAUUCGUUCAUGCCGAAAAUUGUCACUGAAUUAAUUGUGAUACUAGGAUACGCGCAAUAUAUCUUUAUAAAUAAUAAUCGCAUAGCAAAAAAGUUUUUGAGUUAAAUAUACGAGUAAUGUUUUACGUGGCAGACUAUUUAUGCAAUUAUUGAUUUUUUUCCUAUUCUUUCUUUAUAUUGUAUUAUAUUUUAUCUUUAUUUUUUAAUUUUUUUAUUACUUAUGUGUGGAAUACAAAUUGUAUUUAUGUAAAUAUAACAAAUUUUAGACCGACAAACUGAUUUGUUAGAAAUAAAUUUCUUACCUAAGAAAAAACCUAAA